UAGAAAAACGAGAAUAAUUAGUAUUGUAUUGUGUUUAAUGAAAGAAGAAACAAAGAAAACAACUUCUUGUAAUGAAGCCAAUUAGCUGAACUACCUCAAUGAAAUACACAACUACAAAGAAACUAAUAGGAACCGAUACAAAUUACUAAAUUGGUACACGGGUGAAGACUGAAGAGAGAAAUUUAGAUGUACCAUGGAAAACUAAGCACAAAUGCUUGUAUUUGUUUGUUCAUUAAUGGUACAUAAUUCCUAAAACCUAAUCUGCUCUACUACUUACAAACAUAAGAGCACAAGUGAUGAGAACCAGAUGUAGUACCUCGCUAAAGUGGGGAACCAGAUCUAUGUACUAAAACAGUGUAUAAGUGCUCGGAUUUGGUUCUUGACAACUGGUGCACACAUAAAUGGAACAAGAACUUGGAUUCGAACCGUGAAAGGAUUUAGGCGUGGGUGAUUUACUGCAUCGAUUGAAGAAAUCAUGGAUCGGAGGGGGCGACAAAUGUGACAAAGGUCAGAACAAACGGUGACAAACUCGGGGAAGAUCGACGACGACGAUGACGCCUAACCUUCUCCUUGCUGCGAGUUGAACGACUAACCCACUUCAAAACUGGUGGCCUGUUCGCCGUGACUUCAUCACCGAGGACGACUAACGACUAUGAAUCGACCUUCCGACGGUGUCAAGCUCGGGAGAUGGCAGGAAUUCUACGUGACUCCUCACUUCCGCCCAAGCCAACGGGAGCGGAAGAUGAUGUUUCCACCCGCGCGCGCGAGUGGUUGCGUACGCGAGAAGCCACCGUUGGGGGACUCAAAGGGUAGCUCUUCAUCUAGGGAGAGAGAAGCUCACAACACCGUAGGGGUGGACGAAGGGGGCGACGAUGCGAGCGAUAGAGUGACACUGUAUCCCCUAUCGUACCUACAGUAUUAGGGGAGGAGACUGAUAGCGGGCACCGUUGCCACUAAUCUUAGAACCACCCAAAUCAGCAGGGCAGGGCACAAUCGUUUUCUAGUGGCAAGCUUGUAGAAGAGGAGGAGAAGUGUGACCGUGCAUGUGUAUCGUGUUACAUAGCUGGUGGGCAAAGGCGCAAAGCUCGUGAUCGAUCCUAGCUUGUGUCUCCAUGUGCAUGCGAUAGACUAGGAGUAGGUUUCAAAUGGACGUGGAUCGCGCGCUUUACGUACGUCUGUGUAGCUUAGUUUAUUGGCCUAGUACUCUAGUAGUGCUAGAGAUGAUAAUGGAUUAAGUUCCAAGUGUUUUUUAUAGUUUAUUAAUAUCUUAAAUAAAAUUUAGUUUAAAAAUAAAUAAAAAUAUAGCUCGAUCUUAACUUGAUUUAAUCAUUAAAUUUUAUAGUAUAAAAUGCAGAGCGGAUGCCAAUAGGCGUUAAUCUCAACAGAUAUUCCCAGAUUUGUCUGGCCCGCUGCGUUGUGGGCUCUCGCCGUGUCAGGGACCAAGGUGAAGGGCGUGCGUCGCCUGGCCUGGCGUUGAGCCGAGCCAGUUGAGUGGAGCCGAGCCUUGGCGCCCAGCCCGCAUGGAGUCCCGCCGUGGUAGAGAAGUGGUAAUGCCGUAACUGUACUCCAAGGAUUCCCACUCCCAGCUCCGGCCUCCUCCGGCACAAUGUCCCACGGCCCCGCCCCACCCCACCGCGCACACGUGUUGCCCACCUCCCGCCUACUUAUACCCCGCUUCCAUUCGUCCUCCCGAUGGAUCGGCCGGUCUCCUUGCUCCACCACGGUCAGUCCUCGCCGCACCUGCAGUCAGCACAGCGGCCUCCUCUUCUCUGACCCUCGCCACCCACCGAGGCACCAACCCACCACUCGCUCAACUACCUCUCGUCCUCUCUCUCUUUCCCCCUCACGCGCAACACGUCUCCAUCUCCAGCGCGAGCUAUUAGUUACGAGGUAACUAGGCCAAGAUCCAAAUCGCGCUUGCGCGCAGACAGCAGCUCACUUACGGGGGUGUCAUGCCGGCGAGCGUGCCGCUGUGUCUGGGCCUGGACACGGCGGGGGUGCAGGUGCCGUGGUACUUCCGGUGCCCCAUCUCCCUGGAGCUGAUGCGCGACCCCGUGACGGUGUCGACGGGGCAGACCUACGACCGCAGCAGCAUCGAGUCAUGGGUGGCCACCGGCAACACCAGCUGCCCCGUGACGCGCGCGCCGCUCGCCGACUUCACGCUGAUCCCAAACCACACCCUCCGCCGGCUCAUCCAGGAGUGGUGCGUGGCGCACCGCUCCAUGGGCGUGGAGCGCAUCCCCACGCCCAAGCAGCCCGCCGACCCGGACCUGGUGCGCUCCCUCGUCGCGCAGGGCCCGGGGCUCCCGGCGCUGCGGAGGCUCAGGGCGCUAGCCAGGGAGUCCGACAAGAACAGGCUCGUCAUGGCCACGCACGAGACCAGGGCCGCACUGCUGGAGGCCGCCUUCGGCUCCGGGUCCGGGGCGGCGAGCGAGGAGCUCGAGGCGGAGGCCAUGGCGGUGCUGGCGCUGGUCGGCCUCGGGGAGGAGGAGGCCGUGGAGGUGGUCGGGAGGGAGGAGAGGGUGGCCAGGCUCGGCAAGGUACUCGCCGGCGGUGGCUCGCUUGAGGCGAGGGUGAACGCGGGCGCCGUGGUGGAGGCCGCGGCGCUGGCGUCGGGCGCGGACGCCCGGGCGGUGCUGGGCGCCGCGGAGGGCGUGAUGGCCGGGCUCGUCACGCUGGUGGAGGAGAAGGCCAGCGCCCGCGCCGUGCGCGUCGGGAUCCGGGGCCUGUUCGCGCUGUGCCUGGCCAAGGAGAACCGCCCGCGCGCGGUGGCGGCGGGCGCCGCGUCGGCGCUGGCGCGGCGCGUGGCGGAGGGCGGCGCCGGGGAGCCCGAGCGCGCGCUGGCGGCCGUGGAGCGGCUGUGCCACGCAGAGGGCGGCCGCGACGGCGUGGUCGCCGGCGCGGGUGGCGGCCCCGCGGCCGUAACGGCGCUGGUGCGCGCCAUGUCCGGGCGCGCGGCGGAGCACGCGGCUGGCGCGCUGGUGGCCGUCGUGGGCGGGUCGGAGGCGCUGCAGGUGGAGGCGGUCCGGGCCGGCGCCAUGGGGCAGCUGCUGAUGAUGGUGCAGGGCGGGUGCUCGGAGCGCGCCAAGCGCAAGGCGCAGCACCUGCUGAAGCUGCUCCGCUCCGCCUGGCCGACCACCGACUGCACCGCCAACUCCGACGACUUCCUCCAACACUACUGAUCAUUCCACCCGGCCGCCGAUUCCAGAUGAAACGAACGGGCCGUGAUUUGCCGCUAGUGUUCUGUUCCCCAAGGUGGAAAGGUCACUCACGCAGGGGCAAGUGCAGAAGCUGCCGGCUUGUAUGGCCUUGUAACCCAGCGUCCGUGGGGCGCCGGCGGCGUGUAUGUAGGCCGGGAGUCCGGGACCAGGACGGAGAAAUUCUCUCAAGUUUCCAGUUUUGUACGUACGUAAUGUUGGCAGGAUGUAUAGAUGGCCAAACGGGCCGCCCGGCCCGGCACGGCACUAAGCACUAUUAGGCACGGCACUAUUAGACACUAUUAGUAAUCGUGCCGUGCCGUGCCGGCACUAGUGCCUAACCAGCGGCCCAGGCACUACACUAUAGUGCCUAAUCGUGCCGUGCCGGCACUAUACGGCACUAAUAUCUAAUAGUGCCCGUGCCAGCCCAGGCACUAUUUCAUUUUAAAAGAUAAAAAAAUAUAGAAGAUCUUUAAGAUUA